CUCGUGAAGUGAGCUGAGUCACAAAUAAACAAGACAACGCAGAGCUCCUGAUUUAUUUCGUGUUUCGUCAAAAAUAAGCACUGAUGUUGUCGCCACGAGAGGACGAUGACGACGACAGCCACCUGUGCAUCAAGUGCAACACCACCAUUGUUGGCCUGGACAACUACGUGAAACACAGGAAGCAACGAUGUGGGAAACUGAAACCUGAAGAUCCCAAACCAGAACUACCUGCUAUAGACACGUUGGAGCCUUCCUACAGUCUUGGAGCAGAUGUGUUCUUCCAAUCUCUUGAACUACAGAGCUCUGUAAAAAAAACUUCCUUGUCAAGACUAACACCACCUAUUCCUAUAUCCAAAGCCAGUAUAGACAGAAAAGCUUCUUUAGCUGUCCCAUCCACUUCUAGAGAUCUCCCUCGCAUGAGUCCCUUAGAAAAUAAUCUCAGAGGUGAAGAUUGGAUUGGAGGACAUAGUUUAAGAAUCGGAAGUAACGAAGAUAAUCAAACAAAAUUAAUUAACGCAGUCGCUAGCAUAAGCGGCGCAAGUCAAGUCAAGAAAGACAUCAUUAUACCAACUUCGUCUUAUAGUAUUAAUUACGAUUAUAAAGGCGAUGAAGAAAGUGAUGAGUCUGAAGAAUCAGAAGAUGAUGAGGAGGAAGAUCAUCCUACUGGCGAAUGGAAGCCACCUCCAAAUUACACAGGAGGUAAGUGGCGACCAGCUUCUCCCGACCAUGAAGACUGGGAUAUGAGAGAGGAGCAAGAACACACUGGCGGUAAAUGGAAACCAAUCAUGCCGGACAAUAAUGAGCGCGAUGAAGAUUAUGAUGCUCCUCCACCUGGACACACAAAAGGCAAGUGGGUACCAGGAGCCAACGAAAAAACUCAAAUCAUGCAAACCACAAUUCAAACUAAAGGCUCAGUACAAUAUUGGUGCGGUCCUUGCAACAGAAGACUCAACUCCAGAGCAAUUUAUGAUAAACAUCUCCGAUCUAGUUUGCAUUUGAAGAAAGUUCUUCCAGAACAUGAAUUGGAAUUUUCUGGUCAUUUAGAACCAAUGAAACCUGUAAUGGACAAGCGAUUAACACGUCCAUCCCGAUUUGUGAACGACGAUAUUUAUUCGCAAGUGGAGAAAAAACGACACAGUAAAACGGUAACUAAAAUUAAUAUUAAAAUUGAGAAGAAGAAAAGAAAGAGAAAACCUACUUUUGUGCACUGUUCUGGGUGCAAAUCACGAGUCAGACAACAUUUGAUGGGAAAGCAUUUGAUAUCUCAUUACCACUUCAGAAAAGCAACUGAUACCAACACGGCAACGUACCAACAACUCAUCUUGGACAACAUGGAUGCAAUAGUCCACCAGUCUCCUUUCCAAUGCAGCCCAUGCAAGUUCUAUACAAACUGGCUUUCAACGUUCAUGCAGCAUUGGUUUUCUGAAGAACAUGAACAAAAACUGGCUUCAAUUGAAGGGAGACUCUGGUGCUCUUUUUGCAAAUUCGAAUGCGAAUCGUCUCAAGAAAUGCUGCAACACAUGUCCAGUUCAGAUCACAGCGAAGUAGUCGCGGUUAUUAACAGGUCUAUGCCAAUCAUAAUAAGGAAGAAGACGCUUUUUAAAUGCGAUGCGUGUUCCAAAGAUUUCAGAUAUAACAUUGAAAUGAAACGCCACUAUCAAACUACUGGACACCCAUUGGCUGUUACAGCCACUGACAACUAUCAGGAGCUGCACAAUUGUCAGCACUGUAAAGCUAAAUUCAAAUCUUCUUUAACUCUUGCUGCUCAUUUAAAAUCUAAACACAAACAGAGAGCUUACCUUUGCUUAGUUUGUGCAAUGAGCUUUAAAUCUUCUGAUGAAGCAAAGCGCCAUCGCCAAACUUCAGAGCACCGGAUUAAGAGGAAGGAAAACUUGAGGGAACAAGGACUACCAACCAAAGAUAUGAGCAAGAAGUGUCCUUACUGUACUGAUAAUGUUAUUCUGAGAAAUAUUUUAGUUUUGAAAGAGCAUAUUCGUCGUAUGCACCCUAAUAUCAGAAAAAAAUGCCCCAAUUGUGGAAUGUCUUUCAUCCUGUCUCAAGAAGUAACACGGCAUGUGAGAGACAACGCGUGUCAGUUAUCACAGACUGCACAAAUCACAUCAUCCAUCUUUUGGAACUGCAGCCAGUGCCUCUUCACCACUGACUCCCAAGCUGAAUGCUUUUUCCACGAAGUGCUACACACAACUCCUAAGGAAGAAGUUCUCAAAGUUGGGGAUACAGAGAAAGUACUCUUAAAAUACCCGUGCCCACUUUGUCCAAAAACUUUCAGAAAGGCGUCGUUACGCCAACAUUUGAGGCAGCACACCUUUGAGAGGCCCUUCAUCUGCUCGACUUGUGGAGCCAAUUUUACCAGGCAGACCAGUCUGGCGAAUCAUUCCAAGAAUGAACACAGCACUGAAGUAGCCAAGAUUCCAAAGCUGCCAGCAAUUGUGGAAAGGAUUGAAGAUUGGGAGUGUGGGAAAUGUAAGAACAGGUUUUCCAGCAAAUCGGCAUUAUCCCGUCACACCAGCAGCUGUGCCAGUGGGCCCACUGCACGUCACUGUCCACAUGACCAGUGUACAUACGUGGCCACGAAUUCAAGUCAAUUGGCCAGACACCGCAGAUCUCACGGGGAGCGUAUAAAACACCAUGAAUGCCACCUUUGUACAUUUAAAAGCGAUCAAGCAAGUCAUAUGAAGAGGCACAUGCUGUGUCAUCAAGGAGUUAAACCAUAUGCCUGUCCUCAUUGUUCUUUUACAUGUGGGAGCUUGGAGAAUCUUCGCAAGCACGUACUCCGAAGUGGACGUCACCCAGGGUUAUUUCUUUACCAUUGUAGAUUGUGUCCCUAUAAUACAAAUACGGCGACCGAACUACGUGCUCAUUUAACUACGGCUCACUCUCACAAAUAUAAUGCUAAAACUGCAAUUGAGGCUGUUAAACUGCAUUUGAUUGUUGAGAAUAAUAAAAAAUAAGUUUGAUUUUAAUUUCUAAGUUAUGACUUGUGUUUUAUGAGAUUAAUUUUAAAAAAUCGGUUUCAUUAAACAAAAAUGAACACCUUAAUAUUAAUAAAUAUUCGGUUUUAUUAUAAUUAAAGGAACUCCGUUCUAAAUAUUCUAGCUAGAUUUCUAGCUGGUUAAG